AUACUGAAAGAUUGGAAUUCAGUUUUCUACCCUUUGCGAAUUUGCGAAUCAGAACAGCAAAAACCUAAGCAAACCCUAGCUCCGGCGAUGCCUCCCGCUGCCGCCGCGGAGGCGGAGAUCUCCCCGCCGCCCCCGGCGGCCGACGGGGGGGCCAUAGCGGAUACGGCGGAGGCUGGUGUCGCGGCUGAGAAGGAGAGUGACGGGAUGGAGGUGGAGGAUCGCGGCGAGGUGGUCUCCCAGGAGGCCACGGCGGUGAAGCCGGAUGAGGCGGAGGAGCCCGAGGAGGAUCCUGAGGAAGUCGGCGAGGGGGCCGAGGAGGCGCCGGCGGCGGGUCCUGGAGACGUCGCGGCCGCCGCGGCUGAGUCGGGGCCCGUCGCGAUGGAGGCCGGUGAUGGGGAGCCGGCGCUGGAGGUGGCCAUUACUGCCCAUGAGCCGGUGGAAGAGGAGCCCAAGGAUGUAAUGGAGACGGGCGAGGAAGCAAUAGAGCCGGAGGAGGAUGAGGAACCAGAAGAGGCAGAGGUAGAGGAGGAUGAGGAACCAGAAGAGUUGGAGAUGGAGGAGGAGGAACCUGAAGAUGCAGAUUCAGAGGAGUCGAUGGAGGAGGAGGCAGGCUCAGAGGUCUCUGAAGAAGAAGCUGCGGCGGAUGACAUGAAGGAAAUAGCUGACAAGGAUUCUGAAGAAGCUCAAGAUGAAGAUAAACAUGGGGAUAAUCAUAAGGGUGAAGUUGCUGACCAAUUGAGCAAUGAUGAGGAUGUUGGUGGACGUGAAAAUGAUGAAUCACCAAAUGAUGAACUCGACACCUCAUUGCUUGUGCUGGAUUCAGUUCCAGAUGGGAAUGACAAAACCCUUGAAUUAUUUGUCGGUGGCUUGCCUAAGGACUGUGUUGAAGAGGACAUUAGAGUGGUGUUUUCUCAAUGUGGAGAGGUUGAAUCUAUUAGAAUAGUUAAAAAGAGAAAGCGCAUUGCAUUCGUUCGUUAUGCAGAUAUCAGUGCCACAAAGAAGGCUCUUACUGAAUUUAAGGAUGGAAUCAAGGUAAAUGGCAAAAGUGUCAGAGUAUCUGUUGCUGAACCUCAUAGAAAAUCUAGUGAGCAGAAGGCUCUUACGAAGGUUAAAACAGUAUAUCUGGAACAUUUUCCUCGUUCUUGGGAUGAGAGAAAUAUCGAAGAAUGCUGUGAAGGAUAUGGGAAUAUUCAAAAAGUUAACAUUUUGCGGUCAAAAAAGAAAGUUGUUUCUUUUGUUGAAUUCUCAUCACGGAAGAGUGCGUUAGCUUGUGUCGAAGGAAUAAGCAAGGCCAAGAUCAAUGAUAGGGAAGUUAAGUUGGCUGCAAGUCUUGCUCGACCACAAUCUAAAGUUCAACUGGCCAAUGAGAGUAGUAAGGGUGGUUUCAAUGUCCACAGUGGUGCAACUUCUAAAAGUCCUGAUAAAUCUAAAAUGAAAAAGGACCAGACAGACGAGACUAUUGUGAAGAAAUCACAGCUUAAAUUGUUGAAAGGUGAUGAGAGCAAGCUGCCCUCCAAAGAUGAUGUGGAAGUGCCACAAACAUCAACCCAUUCCAAAGGAAAAGCGAAAGUUGGAAAGCGUCAAAAUACAUCUAUAGAUGAAAGGCCAUCAAAGAAAUCACGGGAGAGUGGUGAGAGCAAGCUGACCUCUCAAGAUGAAGGGGAAGUCGGGAAGAGCAAAAGUAAAUCUGUAAAUGAAAGGCCAUUGAAGAAAGCAUCGAAAAACCGUGAUGACGUUAAGCUGCCUUCGCAAAGUGGUUUGGAAGAACCACAAACAUCCAACCGUUCUAAGCGCAAAAGGAAAGUCCGGAAGAAUAGAAGUACAACUGUAAAUGAAAGACCAGUGGAGAAAGCAUGGAAGAAUCGAAAUAUUAAGCAUCCUGCAGGUUCUCGAUAUGUAACUAGCAACCAAGCUUACCCCACUGUGGGUGCAACUUCCAGAUCUAAACCACAUUCCCAUGAUUUGGCACCUCAUGCUGGAUUCAUCCCUCCUUCAAGUCGUGUUCAAAGGACUCCUGCACGUGAUCACCAAAGAACUGCACCGUACAAUAUCCGUCAGAUCAGUGGUUCUCCUUAUGCUAGAGAAAGAGUAGCUCCGCGACCAGCAUAUUCUGUUCACACAAGCAAUGCUGCUGGAUACGAGGCUGGAUAUGCAUACACCUACCUUCCCCCACCACCACCACCUCCACCUAGUAUAUCUUAUCAUCCACCUCCUCCGGCAAGUAUAUCUUAUCAUCCGGGGAGUGGCCCAUACAUCAUACGAAGAUACUACUGACUGAAAAUCCAGGUGGCUACAGCAGUCAACAUGCCUCACCAUGGUCUCAUGGUAACAUACUUUACAGCUCAGUGGCAACCUUGAUGCUGGAAAUGUACAAGUUUAAUUGAAUUGUAGAUAGUUUUGUUUGUUUCUUUCUUUGUGAAAUCAGAUGUACAUGCUUUGGUUGUUCAGUUCAAAAAUGUCGUUCUAGGGAAAUAAGAACCUGUGCCUUGUCUCGUUGGCUAUUAAAAAAGGGGUGAAAAUAAUAAGAAAUGCAGAAUGUCUGUUGUUAAGCAUGA